GCAUUUGACGCAUGCGCACGUCGUAUCGCCGUGCUUCUCCCUGCAGAAUGGCUGGAAAUUAAUUGUAAACUGUCGUUGUAUGAAAAAAAAGAAGAAAAAAUAACUUUUCUUUUGUUAUGUAUGUUCAGUACGUCCCGGAUACUCUCUGCUCCAUCACGGUUAACGUGACAAGAACCCAAAUAAUAUCCUCAGAGCCUCGGACACAUUACGUCUUGUAGCCAGAAAGCUAACAGCUGCUAGUGCUCACAGGGAAAUGUAUUUUCUCUACACGACUAUCGCAUCUUUAUUGUUUUUCUUCAUGUUGAAAUACAUGAAAAGGAGGAGACAUUUCACCGACGUGAAAAGACUCGAUGGCAAAACUGUUCUCAUUACAGGUGGAAAUUCUGGCAUUGGCAAGGAGGCAGCAGUUGCCCUGGCAACGAGAGGUGCCCGUGUCAUCAUCGCGUGUCGGGACCCGGAAAAGGCCGAGAAGGCCGUGAGGGAGAUCAAGUUCAAGAGCCACAGCCUCAACGUGCUUCACAUGAAGCUGGACCUGGCCAGCCUGCGCUCUGUGAGGGACUUCUGUAAGAACUUUCUGCAGAGAGAGAAGAGGCUCGACAUCCUGAUCAAUAAUGCAGGCAUGCCCGGCGUCCUCGACUGGACGGACGACGGCUUCAGCAUGUGUUUUGGAGUCAAUCACUUGGGUCACUUCCUUCUUACCAACCUGCUCCUGCCUCGUCUGAGGGAAUGCGCCCCCAGCCGGGUGGUGACUGUUUCAUGCUCCACCUACCAAUACCAGAAACUGGACUUCCAGGACCUCAACUACAACCUGCUGCCCUUCUUCACCUACUGCCGCAGCAAGCUGGCCAACAUCUACUUCAGUCAGGAACUGGCCCGCAUCACUAAAGGGAAAGGAGUGACCACAUAUGCAGUGCACCCUGGUUUUGUGCAAAGUAACUGGACGAGCCACUACUCGUUGCUGUGCCGGAUGCUGAUGCAGGUGGUCAUGUGGAUGUUUUACGUGUCGAGUGAGGUCGGAGCUCAGACUGUCGUCUACUGCGCUGUGUCGGAUGAGGCCACCAAACACAGCGGGGGAUACUUCGUCGACUGCCAACCUGCCACUCUGCGUCCUUUUGCAAGAGACGCCGGUGUGGCAAAAAAACUGUGGGAGGCCAGUGAGAGACUGGUGAAACUGGCUUAAUGUUGGGACGGUUGGAAGCUGAGCAAACUGGUUCAUGGGUAAUCUAUUCCAAAGACUCCUAUGUUUUUUAAUAUUCAUAUUUAUGAAGAUUUUUGUUCUGGUCUUUAUGUUUACAUCUGUUGUGUAAAAUGCAAAAUUAAAGAUUCCUUUUGUUUUUUCAUCCAUUAACUUAUUUUGUGUGGAUUAUCUUUUGUCCAUGUAUAAAUAAAACAGUGUCACAGA